ACUACGUAGGGUAUGAGAGUCAUUUGGGAUUCACCCGGAAAAGAAGCCGUUCACGCGGCGGAAGUACAAAAACUACAACAAAGAUGGCGGCGCCCGUGCAAGAAGCGUUGGCCAGCACACACGUGGAGAAAAAGAAAAAGCCCCCUAAGCGUUACUGGGAAGAAACGAAAAAUGAAGAUGAUAAGAAUACAGAUAAAGAUGUUAAAGCCAAAAACAGUGAAGGUGAAGCACCACAAGAAGUGUCAGACAAAAAAGAUGACGAGCGCCGAAAGAAGAGGAAAAGAAGAACUGAUGGAAAGUUCAUAUCAGGGAAAAAGGACCCUUUCCCUGGUGAGGCACCUAUCCCACAAGAGCAGUUGAAGAAAUUCCAGAGAGGCAAAAAAUUUCAAAAGUUGAACAGAGCCAGAAAGAAGGCGAAAGAGAUCAUCACCCAGUCCGAGGCAGCUUCUGCCCUAGCACAGAAAGAGGCUGCACGAUACGAUCUCCUUCUCCCAGAGGAGGCUGGUUUCCUGGAGGGAGAUGAGGGUGAGGACACGUGCACUGUAUCACAGGAAGACAUAGCAGAGGCUGUUGAUAUUACAUCUGGGGCAAAGUACUUUAACUUGCAUCUGACCCAGUUUGGACCAUACAGACUAGACUACAGCAGAACUGGCCGGCAUCUGUUACUAGGCGGAAGGAGAGGUCAUGUGAGUUGCAUAGAAUGGCAGACCAAAAACCUUAUGUGCGAGAUGAAUGUCAUGGAAACGGUUCAAGAUAUCAAGUGGCUCCACACCGAGGCCAUGUUCGCUGUGGCUCAGAAGAAGUGGCUCUACAUCUAUGAUUCCAAAGGCAUAGAGCUGCAUUGCAUCAAAAAAUUCAACGACGUCCUACGCAUGCAGUUCCUCCCCUACCACUUCCUGCUUGCUACAGCGAGUGCCACAGGUUUCCUGCAGUACCUGGAUGUGUCUGUGGGAAAGGAGGUAGCAGCGAUCUGCACAAAGUCAGGCAGGCUUGAUGUGAUGGCACAAAAUCCCUCCAAUGCCAUCAUCCACCUGGGUCACCCGAAUGGCACCGUCAGUCUGUGGUCUCCUAAUCAGAAAGAGCCAUUAGUUAAGAUGCUGUGCCACAGGGGCGCAGUCCGCUCACUCACUGUGGACAAAACUGGCACGUACAUGGUGACGUCAGGUCUGGACAGGAAGCUGAAAGUUUAUGACAUUCGAGCAUUUAAGCCACUUCAUAAGUACUUCUUGCCUGCUGGAGCCUCCUGCCUCUCCCUCAGUCAGAAAGGACUGCUCAGUGCUGCUACUGGAGAUGUAGUACAGGUGUACCGGGAUGUGUGGGGAGGCGGGCCGAUAUCCAAGCCCUACAUGGCACAUCGUGUGAGAGGUUCAGUAUGGGGUGUUGGGUUUUGCCCCUUCGAGGACGUACUUGGUAUUGGACAUGGAGAAGGCUUUACGAGUAUGAUUGUGCCAGGUGCGGGUGAGCCAAACUUUGAUGCUCUGGAUGUGAACCCAUACCGCAGCUUAAAGCAGAGGCAGGAAUGGGAGGUCAAGGCUCUCCUGGAGAAAGUGCAGCCCGACCUGAUUGGCCUGGACCCGGGGCUGCUGGGUAAAGUGGACCAGGCCACAUUUGAACAGAAACAUAAAGAAAGAGUGGAGGCUUUGGGCUAUGAUCCACUAGCAAAUGAAAAGUUUAAGCCAAGAUUUAAAAAGAGAGGCAAAAGUGCAGCUGGUGCUGUGGAGAAGAGGAAGAAGAAAGUGGCCCAUGAGGAUCAGAGGGACGUGAUUCGGAAAACAGUGGAGGAGAGAAUGGAGAGAGAAAAAGAGAGGAAGGAGAGUGCCAAGCAGCAGGCUGAGCAGGGGAGGAAGACUGCACUGGACCGAUUCAAGAAGUAGGAAGAAGCUUUGUGCUGACGACUUUACAGAAACAAAGGACUUAUUCAGAAUGCUGGACCCUGGCCCAGUUUUUCAGACAUGCACACUGUGACUGUCUUAGAACCCUGUAACCCAAGUGUCAUCUAACCUCUGGACUGCUUUCCAUCUUUUGUGUGAGAUUUUCUUAGUAUCAUGAGGAAAAGUCAUUUUUGUACCAAAUAUCUCUGUACUGAGAAACAUCUAAUAAAACUGAUAUGCUGUAUAUAAUAUAA